AGGCGGGAGGCGACAGCGGCUGGAAGCUUCGAGGGGCUUUGCAGUGGGGACUUCGGUGGCGGCGGCGCCGCCUCAGGCACCUCGGCCCUGACACGAUGAGGCGAGGGGUACGACAGAGCAAGUUUCGGCAUGAAUUUGGACAAGCAGUAAAAAAUGGCCAGUGUUAUGAUGACAUCCGUGUUUCUCCAGUGACCUGGGAUGGUUCCUUUUGCGCUGUCAAUCCCAGAUUUGUCUCCACAAUCAUUGGAGCAAGUGGGGGAGGUGCGUUCCUCGUGUUCCCUUUGCACAAGACUGGUCGAAUUGACAAAUCCUGCCCUGCAGUAUGUGGCCACACAGGGCCAGUGCUUGACAUAGAUUGGUGCCCCCAUAACAAUCAGGUCAUUGCCAGCGGUUCAGAGGACUGCACAGUUAUGAUGCGGCAGAUUCCAGAAAGUGGACUCACCCGUUCCCUGACGGAACCUGUGGUGAUUUUAGAAGGCCACGUAAAGAGAGUUGGCAUCGUAGCCUGGUACCCAACAGCCCGUGACGUGCUUCUCGGUGCAGGCUGUGAUAAUGCCAUCAUCCUAUGGAGCGUGGGGGCGGGGGAAGCCCUGAUCAACUUGGAUAUGCACUCGGACAUGACUUGCAAGGUAAGCCGGAACCGGAAUGGCAGUCUCAUCUGCCUGGCUUCCAAAGAUGAGAAAGUGAGAGUAAUCGAUCCCAGGAAACAAGAGAUCGUUGCUGAGGAGAAAGUGCACGAAGGAGCACAACCCACCAGAGCCCUCUUUCUGGCUGACAGCAAUGUCUUCACCACAGGUUUCAGCCGCCUGAGCGAGCGGCAGCUGGCCCUCUGGAACCCAAAAAACAUGCAGGAACCAAUUGCGCUUUAUGAAAUGGACACUAGCAAUGGGGUGUUGCUGCAUUUCUAUGACCCUGACGCCAGUGUCAUUUACUUAGGAUGUGGAAAGGGUGACAGCAGCAUCCGCUAUUUUGAGAUCACAGAUGAAUCCCGGUAUGUCGCUAACUACCUCAACUCAGUCAGCAGCAAGGAGCCUCAGAGCGGGGUGGGUUACAUGCCCAAGAGGGGACUCGACGUGAACACAUGUGAGAUUGCCAGAUUCUUUACACUUCAGGAGAGAAAGUGUGAACCUACUGCCAUGACUGUUCCCAGGAAGUCAGACCUUUUCCAGGAUGACCUGACCCUGAGGCGGCGGGGCCCGGAGCCACGCUGGGGGCAGGAGUGGUUGGAGGGGAAGAAAGUAGAUCCAAUCCUCAUCUCCUUGAAGCACGGAUACAGCCCGGGCAAAAACCGGGACUUCCAGGUGGUGAAGAACAUUCUGGAUAGCAAGCCCACUGCGAACAAGAAGUGUGACCCGAUCAAUGUCCCCAAGAACACCGCAGACACGACCUGUGUGCAAAGUGAAGCCAAGCUGGAUGAGAUUUUAAUAAAAGAGAUCAGAUCCAUAGAAGACACAAUCUGCAACCAGGAUGAGCGCAUUUCCGAGAUAGGACAGCAGAGAGCGGAGACAGCCACCUGA